AUCUGUCACUACAUUUUCAUUCUCUCUCUUCCAUUUUCUCUCGUCUCCCCUCUCUUCUCCAUUAAACCCUAGCCGCCGUCGGCCCUUUCUCCGGCCACCACCACCUUAAUGAAAAUAUUAAGCCCAUUUUCAUAUUCCCCAUCUCACGGGUGUCACAAGGAAGCAGUUGGAUUCUUAUUUCGAGCGAUCUCGCCGUUGACCGUCGCCUCUCCUUCUCUGAUACUCGCAAAACAACCGCAUCAAUGGCAAAGCAGAUCCACGAGAUCAAGGAAUUUCUUUUGACGGCGCGUAGAAAGGACGCGAGAUCUGUGAAAAUCAAGAGGAAUAAGGAUGUGCCAAAGCCUCGGGUUGAUUACACUCUGAAGGAAGUUUGUGGAAGUUUGCCGGCACUUCCUAGAAUUUCAUAUAUGAUUGAUGAUACUAUGAACUCAAUUGUUACUGAUAUGCUCCAAUGGCCUCAAAGGAUUGUUGUGCCACUUGGUGGUAUUCUUGUGAAAACUAGGUUGUAAAAGUUUCAUAUCUGCUGAGCUAUUUACAGGUUCAAUGGCAGAACCCUUUAGGUAGUUUAAGUUUUGUGAUAUUUCGAGAACUUUAUUAUACACACAGAAGCGGCUUAUAUGGAUUGAUUUUUGUUUUUCUUAAUCUUCUGUUUUUCUAAUACACUCAUUUAUUUGUGUUCAAUGCAUUAAUCCCUUAACUUUUCAACAUUGCUUUGUUGGUUCUAGAAGUUGUUCUCGCCAUUUGGAGCACAACAAACAAACAUAAUCGUUACAAAAGGUUAUGGCUUUUCCUUGCACCCGAAGUUCCUCUGUUAAUAUAUAAUAAUUUAUAAAAAAAACAAUUUACACUUCUGUUGUUCAUGUCUUUAUUUAAACAUAUUCUGCAGGUGUUUAUUGUGGCUUUUCCUUAUAUCUCAAACACAUUCACUUAUAUCUCAAUAUGAUUGAAUAUAACAAUAUAAUUUUUUAAAACUUAUGUUUUAUACUUUACUCUUUCUUCUCAUUAUAUGGGUUAUUAACAUUUCUGUAGUGUCCAAGGGUUGUUUUAUACUUUACUCUUUC